GUACUUCCUGUCACGCAGAGAAACGCGGUAAAACGAUAUUCCGGUUUGUUGAAGAGGGCUACAGCAUGGCAUCCGACAGCACCAUGGCUAACGUUAACGGGCGAGAUGCCGUGUCUCUGAACGGGGAGCCGGUCGUUAAGCGACCACGGGAGAGUGCCUCGCAGGAAUCUCCUCUCCGCGUCCCGAAGGAGCCUCAGAACAAAGUGACCGUAGUGCUUGGAGCACAGUGGGGCGACGAGGGCAAAGGAAAAGUUGUGGACUUGCUUGCAAUGGAUGCGGAUAUUGUAUGCAGGUGCCAGGGAGGCAACAAUGCAGGUCACACGGUGGUUGUGGACUCAGUGGAAUACGACUUCCACCUGCUGCCCAGCGGAGUGCUCAACAAGAAGGCUGUCUCCUUCAUCGGGAAUGGAGUGGUGAUACACCUGCCAGGUCUCUUUGAGGAGGCUGAAAAGAACCUGCAGAAAGGCAAAGGAUUACAAGGAUGGGAGGAGAGAUUAAAGAUUUCUGAUCGUGCCCACAUUGUGUUCAACUUCCACCAAGCUGUUGAUGGCAUCCAGGAGCAGCAGAGGCAGCAACAAGAAGGGAAAAAUUUGGGAACCACUAAGAAGGGCAUCGGUCCUGCUUAUUCCUCCAAAGCUGCUCGGAAUGGUCUGCGAGUCUGUGACCUGGUCUCGGAUUUCAAGGUUUUUGAGGACAAGUUUCGGAUGUUGGCAGAUCAUUUCUUGGCGAUGUAUCCAAACCUUAACAUCGACACUGAUGGUGAACUGGCGCAGCUGAAGACAUAUGCAGAGAGACUGCGUCCCCUGGUGACUGAUGGGGUGUACUUCAUGCACAAAGCUCUGACUGGACCCAGUAAGAAAAUCCUGGUGGAGGGAGCCAAUGCUGCUCUCCUGGAUAUUGACUUCGGGACUUAUCCUUUCGUGACGUCGUCCAACUGCACUGUGGGAGGAGUGUGCACUGGUCUUGGCGUGCCUCCAUCAUAUGUCGGCCGAGUAUACGGUGUGGUCAAAGCAUACACGACCCGGGUGGGCGUUGGUGCUUUCCCAACAGAGCAGGAUAAUGAGAUUGGAGAUCUCUUACAAUUCAGAGGGAGAGAGUUUGGUGUGACGACGGGCAGGAGGAGGCGCUGCGGUUGGCUGGACUUGAUUUUGGUCAGAUACGCCCACAUGGUCAAUGGCUUUUCUGCGAUUGCCCUGACGAAGCUGGACAUUUUGGACACGCUGCCAGAGAUCAAAGUGGGCGUGGCCUAUGAGGUUGAUGGAAAACCUCUGCCAAGUUUCCCUGCAAACAUGGAUGUAUUGACGCGGGUGACAGUGGAGUACAAGACGUUUCCUGGCUGGUGCUGCAGCACUGAGGCUGCUCGGAGCUUUGAGGAGCUGCCGUCACAGGCCCAAAACUACAUUCACUUCAUCGAGGACUUCCUGCAAGUGCCAGUGAAGUGGGUUGGAGUCGGCAAGUCCAGAGAGAGCAUGAUCAAACUGUUUUGAUCCAUCUACAGACCUGUAGUCCUCCUCAAAGACAGCUCAGAUAAUAAUUUCAGAUUUUGAUAGGACUCCCAAAGGGAUCUGAAAUGCAGACCAUAUCCUAAAGGAAAUACUUCACCAGCAAAGCUGUUUGUGAAACUUUUAGUUGCUGCUUGUGCAUCACAUUUUUAAUCAUUCUUCUCGCAGCCUGAUUCCAUCGGACACGACUGCUUCGUAUUCCAGCAGCGACGCAGCUGCUGGAGCUGGUCGCAGCCAUUCUAGACAACACCGUUGCACAUUUUAGAAGCGUCUCUCUCUCUCUCUCUCUCUCUCUCUACACUUCAGAUGUAUGCCUGGUGUGCUGUUGACCAAAGCUGCGUCAAGCUGCAUAGAGCAGAUUGAGCCAGGCAGUAACUGCACAGAACAUUCAGUCAGUUUUCAAAAUAAAACAGUCUGUGCAGACUCUUGAUUGUAAAAACAGAACAAGAAAGCAACAGUUUUACUAUUUAGCCUUCUUACCCAUGGGAUAAGUACAAAUAUCAAGGGAAAAUGACAAAAUCUGAACAAGUCAAUAAAAGUUGAAAAGCUCAGCUUUUGAAAAUCUCCCAAAGAGCUAAUGUCGUAGAGCCGUGCCUGAUGGAAUCAAGGCAUUAGAUAAAAUUUAUGCAUUUCACAUAAUUUUCUAUAUUUAUUAGUGUGUUAAUUUUUAAAGCCUGAUGCAAAUGGAUCAAUCAUUCUAUUCCAUUCCACAGAUUAUUUUCUUUAUCAUUUGAGGUUAAUUAAACUUAGUUGAUAUUAGUUCACCAUGUUGACUUUUUAAAAAAAAAAAAGUUAAAAAGCCAUUGAUGAACAGAGGGAGGCAUUACAGUAAAAGCAAGAGCUUAUUUUCAGGAUUUGUAAUGAGGGGGAAAACUAUUGAAAGCCAUCAUGCAAUCAGUACGAUUGUGAAUUUUUCUAUCGAGCAACUUUAAAACACUUUUAAAAACAUGAAUGCAUCACAGUUGUUGAGUUUGUGACAGCAUUUUCCUGAAUAUUGUUGAAAUGAACAUAGUUUUUUAAGUCAUCCUCACAAUGGGUAAACACUAAGCAACUUAGAGUUUGAAUAGAUGUUUUCUUCAUAGUAACUGAGGAAAAGUAAAUAGAAAUUCCACAUCCACACAGAGACAUGUACUGGUGUUUGAGAUGUUUGUAGAUGUAAAGAAAUUGGCCCAUAGGCAGUAAUGUACUAGAGUACAUCUUGAUGUGUUUCCUAUGCUAUUUGGUUCAUUUUGUCAAAAAUGUGAAAGACUCUUGCUCAGCUUGCUGUCAUCAAUAAAAGGAGACUCCAAAGUUUA